AUGUCCAUGUUAUCCCAGACCACUGUUGAUUCUGAACUCGAUGAUCGUUUUCCUCAAGAGGUUAUUGAUACCGAGGAGGAAGAGGCUGGUGAUCGUGAAGAUGGUACUCUUCAAUUUGGUAGAGUUAAGCCCCAACGUUCCGAUCUCUCAAUGAUGUCUGAGGCGACUGAGGCGAGCGAUGCCAUGGGCUCUCAAUCAAGAGCGAAGCGAUCCAAGACGAGUGGUAGCUGGGUGUUUUCCAAAGGAUGGGCUAUAGGGGAUCCAAGUGGUGCCAAUAUUGUGUGUCAGUACCCAAAAGCCAAUGGGCCAUGUGGUCAUGCUGUCAAGAAGAUUGGGACCACCACAAGCUCCAUCAUCUAUCACUUACGUACUGCACAUUCGAUCGACAAGCAUUCGGUAUUUGAAGCGGUGAACAAUGUUGGUCCUUUGGAUGUGAUGUUGCGUGCACAAAUGACUACCGGAUUCUCUGUCGACAUGUUCCAAGAGAGACUGUUGCGUUUUGUCGUUGCUCAUUCCUUGCCAUUUUCACUUGUCGAGAGCCAAGAAUUACAGGAGCUGUUAAGGAUUGCAUGCAGAGCUCAACUUCCAAGUGCUGUCUCAUUGCCGUCAAGAAGAUCCUUGUGCCGUAAUAUCGACUCUAUGUUUGGUGGUUAUAAGGAACACGUGAUGAGACUAUUGGCGCCGCUUCCAAACCUGUUUUACACUUUGGAUGCUUGGACAAGUGAGCAAAGGGUGGCAAUCUUGGGUGUCACAGCACACUGGAUCGAUGAUUCUUGGAAGCAGCGAUCAUGCGUGAUUGGUUUUGAGCCGCUUUCAGGUCCCCACACUGGUCCCAACCUUGCCAUGGCAUUCUUGAACGUGCUUCGAGAUAUGAAUUUGGUGCACAAGCCUUUCUUCAUCACGACUGACAACGCCAGCAACAUGCUAUCAAUGGCUCACAACAUUGGCCAACAGCUGCAAGCACCUGAUAUCUUUUUUGCCUCGACGGACCGAAUUUGUUGCAUUGCCCAUAUCAUCAACCUUGCUGCCCAGGUCACCAUCCAAGAUGCAUUGAAGGCACCAGUACCAGAGGAUGAACUUGCUGAUGAUAACGACGAUGGAGGAGAGGUUUCUGCUGAGGAGGAUGCAGGCUCAUUGCUUCGCCGCUUUCGUGCUGGUGUGCGACGCAUCCGAUCAUCACCUCAAGGUAUCGAGCAUUACCAAGAUUGCUGUAGAGCAGUUGAGAGCACAAGGACAAGAGAUGAAGGAGAUGUUGGUGCUUCUACUAUUGCUGGUACCAGUGAUACUGCUGUGGUGGAUCAACAUGGCCAUAUGAAUACCAAGAUGCUCGUAUUGGAUGUGCGACCAAGAUGGAACUCCACCUUUCAUAUGAUCCAGCGUGGUUUGGAGAUGCAGCGUGCGUACAACAUGACGUGUUUGGAUAUCCCUGCACUACGACAACACGUUCUCACGGAUGCUGAAUGGGAGACAUUGCAACAGGUUGCGGCCAUGUUGCAGCCAUUUGCAGAUUUGACAGCCGUUUUGGGUAGGUCCCGAUACCCAUCACACUCAAGCACCAUCAUUGGGUACAAUGUACUCAUUGACCACCUUGAAGAUUACGCUGCAGAUAGGGCUGAGACUUACCCACAAUUGGUUCGCGCUGCCGAGAUGGCCAAGUCGAAGCUCUUGCAAUAUUACGCACGUACGGAUGACCAGCCUCUUUACGCAAUCGCCACAGCUAUGGACCCUCGUGCGAAGUACCAGUGGUGGAAGGAUGAAGAAUGGGAAGAAAAGUACGUUGAAGCAGCGAUCAAGUCGGUGGAAGCUGAAUGGGCUAAAUACAAGCCCAUGGUCCAUGAUGAAGAAAUCCCAGCAGCUGGCUUCCGCUUGUUUCGUCGUCGUCUUCGCAAUGAUCAGCUUGCAGAAUAUGUCGCUGAGCCACCUGCCGACGAAUCCAUCAAUGUUCUUGAAUACUGGAGUAGCCGUGCAUCGCAGUGGCCGGACCUUGCACAAAUGGCACGUCGAUAUUUGGCUAUCCCUGCUUCAUCCGCUCCAUCUGAAAGGUGCUUUUCGGCCGCGCGGUAUGCAAUCCUGGAUUAA